AUGAGAGGUAACGCUCAAGGAUUGACGAUGAAGCUAGCAGCGAUGCGAUCGCGGUUGAGAACCCGAGAAGUCAGCACAAGAAAGCAGGUUGGUGAUACUGCAAGCCUGGUCAAUGAGGAAGAAAGGCCAUUGGAGGACGCGAGGCAAGAGCUGUAG